UGUGAUCGUCACUAACUUAUCUUUCCAUCUCUAUUUCUUCUAUAGCAUCAGAAAGGGACAUAAUGAGGAUUUAUAAAUGUUUCACGCAACCGAUAAUAUUAUAAAGGUCAAUAACAUAGUGCAAAACACUGAGCAGUCUUGUAUGUGAGUUUGGACAAGUCGGUACAAAAUGAUUUUUAUAUUCAGUGUUUUUGUUAGUAUUCUGAUACAAUUAAAUUCGGUGGAUGCUGCCUGUCCUCGCGUUGUCACUAAGAAAGAGUGGGAUGGCCUGAAUCCUUUACACGUGCAAUACUUACCCCGACCAGUUAGCGUGGUAAUAAUUCAGCACACCGUCACUCCAACGUGCAGCACUGAUGCGGCAUGUGAGGAUAUUGUGCGAAAUAUUCAAACCGUGCUCAUGGAGCAAAAUCAAUUUUGGGAUAUAGGAAUGUCUUUCCUGAUUGGUGGGAACGGAAAAAUCUACGAGGGCACCGGCUGGUUACACGUCGGAGCUCACACUUACGGAUAUAAUAGUAAAUCUAUCGGAAUAUCGUUCAUCGGAAAUUAUAACAAUGACGAGCUGAAACCUGAAGCUCUGGAGGCAGCGAAGGCAUUAAUCAAAUGUGGGGUGGAAAAAGGACACUUGACACCAGAUUAUCAUCUCGUGGGUCACAAGCAACUGAUUGCGACGGAGAGUCCAGGGAGAAAACUUUACAGAGAAAUAAGGACGUGGCCACAUUUCUUAGACGAUGUUUCAUCCAUAAAGAAUGCUCAAAUACGUAAUAAUUAAUUUUUAUUCAAUUCAAUCAGAAAACAGUCAGAUUCAUAUCAUUGAAUUGGAAUUGAAUCAUUAAUUGAACAAUUACGAAGAGAGUCAAGUCUUAUU